AUGGAACCAACUCUCCUGCAUAACAAACUUACCAAGUCAAAGGGCAAGAUGGUAAAGCCCAUUCUGAAGAAGCUGUCACACUCGGAGAAGAAUUCGCUGGAUCUAGACCGGCCUUGGGAAGAGCAGCAGGCUCUGGGGCUAGGCGUAUCGGGUUAUGAUCUUGGCAGCCCCACGCGUUCUGUACGGGACGUGAGCUUCACGAUUUCGGAAAAGAUCCCAGUGCCCAGCAAGACUCGGUACCAGCACGUGCGGUCCCCUAGCGGCGCGUCGCACGUUUCUGUGGCCAGUACUGCCAGCGGUGGCGGGCCCCGACCCAGCACCUUUGUCCAUCCAUUCCAGCAGACACCUCGGACGCAGAGUCCGCCCAUGGCAUUUGCCGGCUCGUUGACGGCUCUAGACAAGAGUCUGGCCCUGAAUACCAAUGGGAUCAGUUCGAGUGGAACCCGCGACUAUUCCCCCACAAUCACGGAGAAUGAAGACGACGACGAGUACCCGCCCAGCUCGCUCCCGAGGAGUCGUCACUUCAACCGGGCGACUUCGGCGUCGCAGCCCAGCGGGCGAACACCCUCGCUGGCUGCCCAGCGGGCAGCGUCGUUCACCGACAUUAGUGCGGCCCCACUGCCGAGCGUGAUCACGCCUCGCUCUGUGCCAAACGGGCAUUCGCGCCGCGGCCAUGGCAGCAGCGGGCUGGCCUCGAGUCUUUCGCACUCGGACCUCCACCUCAACUCCACUGGGACAGUUGACUCGCCCACGUCCCUUGGGCCGACGUUGCCGGCAUCGCUCACGUCUUUGGCGAAUUCUGGGACGAACAGCAUAAACACGUCGACGGGCUCCAACACAAGCACGCCCCUUUCUCCUCUUCGCAGCUCGCUCGAGAGUGUCGGGUUCCCUCGUUUACGCUCGCGUUCGGAGCUGUACAUUGGUGAUCGUUCGGAGCAGAUCCGCGAGGCCCGCCGCAAGUUUGAAGAGCGCGAGCGUGCCAAGGCCGAGAAGCACGACCGCGAGAUGCUCCGAAAACGCGAGCGGCGGGACCACAAGGAGGCCAAGGAAAUCGAGCGGCAGUCUGCAGCGCAGUUCCGCAAGAACAGCGGCGACGGACUGCGGCCGUCACUGUCGCGCAAGACGACACCGACGUUUGGGACGAGCAGUGGCAACGCCCGUGGCAGCAGCGAUCAGGGGCACCGACUUGACGGCAUCAAGCACGGUCGGGUUCCGCCGGUAGUGCCAGCGAAGCCGCUGGCGUUCAAGAGCAGCAACUAUGACAACAUGAUGGGAGGCACGACGCCCAGCUUCGGACCAACUGUAGAGGGCGUCGCAUUUAAGAACACCCGGCGCAGCAACACGGCCAAGCGCAGGACGCAGGGGUACUGGCACGAGUUUAUACUGUGGCUUCGCACGCGUCUCUUCCGACUUGGACGGAAAUAG